AUGACCCCUCUAUCUUCAAAUACUCAAAGUCCGAAUCUCCCUUCAACGCAAUCUCAACGCGUCGUAUCGUCAAAGUCAUCUGAUUCUACCUCACCUUCGAAAUCAAUAUGGGACGAGGGAGAAGCCUUCUUCGCGUCACAGGAAACGAAUCCAAUCUUGAAUCCAGAACCCAAAUUAUAUCCCAAGUGUGAAUCAUCUUCCCCAUCCAAAACGAGAUCGAGUAUACCACCCUCUUCUUCACCGGUGAUCAAGACUCCUUCAACUCAACCCAAUUCAUCCCCUAUCAUAUCCUCACAUCUACCAGAUCCAUCCUCUAGUACAUCUUCCCGGAAAACGCACACGAUCCAAUUCAACGUAGGAGCCAAGAGAUCUCACUUAGGCUCCUUCAAGUUAGAUGAUAUCGAUAGACCGUUAAUCAAAAAAUCAAAAUCAAGACCUAAUUUGUCGAACACGAUUAAUCAUGUAUCACCAUUUCAUCUAUGCACUCAAAUCCUCUCACCAAGUCCUUCAAUUGGCAAGGCUGAUUCGCGUACGAAUGACUUUGAUAUUCAGGAUGCAGCAUCACAUGAAUCGGCCAAAAGAAGGAAACAGGAAGAAUCAAAAUUGGCACGAGAACAGGAACGUAGUCCAAGAUUAUCUGAUUCCAUGGCAUAUCUGUAUGAAGUAUCCACUCCAGGAGAAGCUAGUGCCGUCAAAUAUUAUAAAUGGGUAAAGGAGCAGAGAAAAACGCUUAUCGCAGCUGGAUAUACAGGAGACUAUGGUCUAAAUCCUCCCGAACUCGAUCCCAGCCCAGUGAACCAAAGAAGAUAUUCAUGUUCGACUAGCAAAGCGAAGAGAUCUUCAGCAAAAGAUCACAUCGCUCGAUCAAAGAAGCUAGCUUUCGCUACUACUCCUAUACCUCUCGCUAUUCAUUCGGAUCCCCCCAGCUCACAAGCGGAAGUCAACUUGACCAAGAAUGCCUUUGACCCGAUGCCAGUUUUGACCGAAGCUGAGCAGCUUAGAAGGUCACUUGCAGCUCAGAAGUCAAAAAUCGUCGAAAAAGUCAAUCAAUUGAAUAGCGAAAGAAAAGCACAUUUGAAGACAAUAGCUUUACUUGAAGAAAAAGAUAAAUCACUCGCAAAGGCAACCUAUAAACUAGAAUUAGCAGAAUCUUAUAAGCACCAGUAUCAUUCAAAACUACAAUUAGCGACCAGCAAAUUGACAACAGAGAUGACGUUGAACAAAAAUCUUCAAAUAGAAGUGAGGGAAAAGGAUCGAAGAGCUCGAAUGGCUGAGAGCAAAAUAGUUCAAUUAGAUAAGUCUUUGAAAAAGUAUGAACAAAAGCGUCAAAAUGUAAUAUUGGAAAAAGAAAAGGCCGUAGAAGAUUACAGACGAGUCAUCUCAGUUAGAUGGGAUCAAAUGCAUAAGAAAUUGCAAGACAAAACACGCGAAUCGGAAUUGAAUGAGAGAAAGUUGAAACAUUGGGACGAGAUAUAUCUGAAAUUACACAACGAUUGCAAGAAAUCGCAAGAACAACUUAGGAUUGCUUCGUUGCAGAAUAAGAAGAAUCAGAUAGGGAAUGGAAGUAUCAGGAAUUUCCCCGCGCCUGCCCCUAUUACGGCUUCGACGACUACCGCAACUCACACAACUGAUAUGGCCUCUAUUGCUUGCACACAUCCGAUGUUUACAGUCACUCCUAACAUCACCAGUGAUAACGCAAAUCGAAACCAUCGACCUUCGGAUCAGUCAUUUGAAGCACCAAAGAUCAAGAUUCGUAGUUUGAAACUACAUUUGAGUCAAAAGGAUCAAGAAAUGAUCGCCUUGACCAAAGAACAAUAG